AGACAUACCUGGCUUAAAUUUGACAGCUUUCAUCACAGCGACAUCAUUACUCUCCUGACUAUGGCACUGUGGGUACAGACUUUCCUGCUUGUCAACAUAAUAACAUCAGCGGUAAGAGGGAGAGUGGAGACAGAGCUGUCUCCAGAGUGCAGAGAAUUCCUCUACAUGGGAACACCACCGACAGGACUGGAGCACCACUCACUCCGGUUCAUUUGUCAGUGGUACAACAAGAGGCCACGCUACAUGACGCUGUACAACACUGUGGACCACAUACCUGUGUUCUCUGCCUACACCUUCAAACGUACAGAUGGGGAAAAAUGCGUGGAUGUCCCCUGGAUGUAUGAACCUCAGCUAUCCACAUCCUCCGAUACCGAUGAGAUGCAGCCCUUCCCAAGUGGUUACAUGCACAUGAAUUUUGAAGACGCCCAAGCUGUCUUGGACGAUUACACAAACGCCGUCCUUUAUGAGCGCGGCACCCUCAACCCGGACGAGCACCAGGAUGAACUUGAUGACAAGGCCUCCACGUACACCCUCACCAAUGUAGUGCCCGUGGUGCCCGACUUCAACAACAGAGUCUGGAACAAUCAGCAGCACAUCAUCCGCAAAAGGCUUAACAACUAUUGCCGUGGAACAGCGUACAUCGUCACAGGUAUCACUACUUCGGGAAAGAUGAUUCGCCGGGAGAACAUGAACCGCGUAGCAGUGCCAACGUACUUGUGGUCCGCUUACUGCUGCGUUGACUACGAUCACAACGCACCUUAUGAUGAGCGCUAUAAGUUUCCCUCUUUUGCUUACUAUGGCCUGAAUGAGGAGAACAAAGAGGUGGUGGAAAUCCAUGUGCAGAAGCUGAAGGAGUUCCUCAAGAAGACAACCUUUGUAGACCAGAACUUUCAGAUCUUUGUUGAAGACUGUGUCCCACCAGCGUCCAGUAAAACAUAAUGGUCAAAUAUUUAACUAUGCGGCAGCUAUGUGCCAUUUUGCCUUAACUUCCUCUAUUCCGUUCCUGUUCUGUUUCUUUGUCUUCAAAACAUCUUUUUCCACACCAGACAUUUUGACUUGUCAUAAUCAGAAAAGCACGGGUGUAGCAUUAACAAUGUCUCUACUCAAGUGUCCCAGUAAACCACAACAGUGAGCCAGCAUGCAUAGUACUAGGACCCUGAAAAUGGAGCAGCUAAAGUGAAUUCAGCCAUAUUUCAGUCAAUAAUUUACACCUGUGCACCUGUCAGAAUGUCUUCUGUGACAAAGGUGUAUUGGAGAAGCUAAAUGAUGGAA